UGAAAUGUUGGCAGGAAGUUGUAUACCGUCACAGGGUAGUAUUAAGUAUAAGGCAUGUAUACAAAAAAACGUUGAGCCUUAAAGAAGGCAGGCAUGGACAGCCAGGAUGAGGAGGAAAGCUGUGUCUACCCGAACCUGGGUCCACUCACCAGUGAGAUCAGAGCCAAGAUGGAGCAGUUUGUGGAGGAACGGACUGAAGCCAGUUUGUGGAUUUUUGUUCUGGUUGGAGCUGUGAUCACUGUCUCUGCUCUGGGAGUUGUUGUGCUGUUUCUCUACAGAAGAUACAAAAAAUCAAAGGAGGAGGCCGGGGUUCCUCACUACCGCUUCAGAAAGAGGGACAAGGUGAUGUUCUACGGCAGGAAGAUCAUGAGAAAGGUUCAGACAUUGUCCACAACUCCUGCGAACAAUUCAAACUCAGCUUCACGGCAGAGAGUAAGGAAGAGGACCAAAGUCCUGUCCAUAGCACGAAAGAUUCUGCGCAUCCGGAGGGAACCGCCCACCCUGCAGCCCAAAGAGCCCCCUCCCUGUCUGCUCGAAGCUGAUCUCACUGAGUUCGAUGUGCAGAACUCCCACUUGCCCUCGGAGGUGCUCUACAUGCUGAAGAAUGUCAGGGUGCUCGGCCACUUUGAGAAGCCUCUCUUCUUGGAACUCUGCCGCCACAUGGUGCUGAUCCAGCUGCACCAGGGGGAGGGGCUCUUCCGACCUGGUGACAUUGAUGACAGCAUUUAUGUUGUUCAAGAUGGCCGCCUGGAGCUCUGCAUCCAUGAGAGUGAUGGGACAGACGCGGUUGUGAAGGACGUCCUGCCAGGAGACAGCGUUCACAGUCUGCUCAGCAUCCUGGACAUUAUCACCGGUUACCCGGCUCCUUAUAAAACGGUGUCCGCCAGGGCUGCAGUUCCGUCCACCGUCCUGCGUCUUCCAGCCGUGGCCUUUCAGUCCGUCUUUGAAAAGUACCCAGAGACUUUGAUCCGCGUCAUUCAGAUUAUUAUGGUGCGUCUCCAGAGAGUAACCUUUCUUGCCUUACACAAUUACCUUGGCCUUACCACUGAGCUUUUCAACCCGGAAAGUCAGGCUAUAUCUCUGGUGUCCGUAGCCAAUGUUCUGGGUGAGACUCAUCAACACAAAGGGUUUCGUAGGCAGCCAUCCCACUCUGAAGACACGGGCUCUGAAAAAGCUGAUGCAGAAAAGUUCAGCGGAUGGGACAUGGCUACAGCUAAAUAUAAGAAAUCUCACUCCAUGCUGGGCUCAGAUGAUGGCCCUCCAGAGGUUACCAGAGUGUUUGAUCAGACUCAUUCUGCCAAAGAAGAGGUUGUGAAUCAAGGCUCUGUUAAGUCUAUUCUGAAGAAGAGUGUGACAGUGCAGCACUCUCCUUCUGCUGUGUAUCACUACGGUGAGCCUGGAGGAGGAGCCGUCCACCACAGCAAAGUCAACGUCAUCUUCCAGGCUGCUAAGAAGGAUCUGCUGCAGGUCAUCCAGCUGCAGGACCCCAGUCUGUUGGAAGGAAGGGUCACCCUUCGCCAGGUCAAAGCUGGGUGUGAGGUAGCCCAUCAAGGAGAUCAAGAUGUGAGUGUGGCAUUCGUCAUCUCAGGGCUGCUCCAUGUCUACCAGCGUAUGAUCGACCGUGAGGAAGAGUGCCUGCUCUUCGUCACCCACCCAGGAGAGAUGGUGGGUCACCUGGCCGUCCUCACAGGGGAGCCCCUCAUCUUCACCGUGCGAGCCCACCGAGACUGCACCUUCCUCUCCGUAUCCAAGGCCCACUUCUACGAGAUAAUGCGGGAGGAGCCGAGGGUGGUGCUGAACGUAGCUCACACCGUGGUGAAGAGGAUGUCAUCGUUUGUCAGGCAGAUCGACUUCGCCCUGGACUGGAUGGCCGUAGAGGCUGGCCGCGCCGUCUACAGACAAGGAGACAAGUCAGACAGCACCUUCAUCGUCCUCAGCGGUCGGUUGCGCUCUGUCAUCGCCAAGGAUAACGGCAAGAAGGAGCUGGCUGGGGAGUAUGGCCGCGGCGACCUGAUUGGUGUGGUGGAGGCCCUGACACACCUGAAUCGAGCCACCACGGUCCACGCUGUCAGGGACUCGGAGCUGGCCAAGCUGCCUGAAGGAGCGCUGAACUCCAUCAAGAGGAGAUAUCCUCAGGUGGUCACCAGGCUGAUCCAUGUGCUGGGACAGAAGAUCCUGGGCAACAUGCAGCAGGUCAACGGGCCUCUGACCGGUCGUGGUCUGGGCCUUCACACGCCCACCAGUAAGUGGGAUGCUGGGAAUCCAGCCUCUAAUCUGUCCACUGUGGCCAUCCUGCCCGUGUCGGACGACGUUCCCCUCACCACCUUCACUCUGGAGCUCCAGCAUGCUCUCAGUGGCAUCGGCCCUACCUUGCUGCUGACUAGUGACAUCAUCAAACAGAGACUGGGCUCUGCUGCCCUGGACAGUGUCCAUGAGUACCGUCUGUCCAGCUGGCUCGGCCAGCAGGAAGACAUCCACCGGAUAGUCCUCUACCAGUCUGACUCCAGCCUCACACCCUGGACCCAGCGCUGCAUCCGUCAGGCCGACUGCAUCAUCAUUGUGGGGCUGGGGGAGCAGGAGCCCACUGUGGGCGAGCUGGAGCGGAUGCUGGAGAGCAGCGCAGUGCGAGCCCAGAAGCAGCUGGUGCUGCUGCACAGGGAGGACGGCCCGCCGCCCAGCGGGACCGCCGAGUGGCUCAACAUGCGCAGCUGGAUCUCCAGACACCACCACCUGUCCUGUCCCCGCAGAGUGUUCUCCAAAAGGAGCUUACCCAAGCUGAGAGAGCUGUACGAGCGCGUGUUUGAAAAAUGUCCAGAUCGUCACUCUGACUUCUCCCGCCUGGCCAGGAUCCUGACAGGAAACAGCAUCGCCUUGGUUCUGGGUGGAGGGGGCGCCAGAGGCUGCUCUCAGAUCGGCGUGCUGCGGGCGCUGAUCGAAGCCGGGAUCCCCGUGGACGUGGUGGGCGGCACCUCCAUCGGCUCCUUCAUGGGAGCGCUGUACGCUGAGGAGAAGAGCAGCAGUCGGAUGAGGGUCCGGGCUCGGGAGUGGGCUAUGGGAAUGACGUCGUACUUUAAGAAGAUCUUGGACCUGACCUACCCCGUGACCUCCAUGUUUUCUGGAGCCUCCUUUAACUACAGUGUUAGCUCCAUCUUCAAGGACAAACAGAUUGAGGACCUGUGGUUGCCAUACUUCACCAUAACAACAGAUAUCACCGCUUCCUCCAUGAGGGUCCACACUGAUGGUUCACUGUGGCGUUACGUCAGAGCCAGCAUGUCGCUGUCUGGUUAUCUGCCACCUCUCUGUGAUCCCAAAGAUGGACACUUACUCAUGGAUGGAGGGUACAUCAACAACCUUCCUGCUGACGUGGCUCGCUCCAUGGGUGCCAAGGUUGUCAUCGCCAUUGAUGUUGGAAGCCGGAACGAAACCAGCCUGACCAACUACGGCGACAGCCUGAGCGGCUGGUGGCUGCUGUGGAAACGAUUGAACCCUCUGGCUGAAAAGGUCAAGGUUCUGAACAUGGCCGAGAUCCAAACACGCCUGGCGUAUGUCUGCUGCGUGAGGCAGCUGGAGGUGGUCAAAGACAGCGACUACUGCGAAUACAUCCGGCCGCCCAUCGAUCGAUACGGGACGCUGGAUUUUGGCAAAUUUGAUGAAAUUGCUGAGGUGGGAUACCAGCACGGAAAGACUCUGUUUGACGUGUGGCACCGCAGCGGAGUGGUGGACAGCAUGCUGCGGGACAGACACCAGGAGGAGUUCCAUAAAACCAAGACUGGACAUGUGGUCACAUGUCCAAACGCCUCCUUCACCGACCUGGCAGAGAUCGUGUCCAGAAUUGAGCCAGUGAAGAACGCUCUGAUAGACGAAGAACCAUCUGAUGAGUACCAGACUGACUACGACGAGGAGGCAGUGGAAAGCGCUCUGUCUGACUUUGAGGCCUUCACUCCGGGCAGCGAACACACCGAGGGAGAGGAGACGGCUGAGACUGAUGAAGAAGUUCCCGUCCAAGUCAGACACCGGCUCCAGAACACCUCUCAGAAUGCUCACCUUUGACCUCCUGGGAACCACAGGAAACCCAUUUCAGAGCGGGGAGGAGUCAGCUGGUCUCCUCCUGGUGGACCUGAGCAGGACCGACCCGCUUCCACUGGGAAGUAGAGGAGAGGUUGUUGGUUUGAUCCCGAACUCCUCUGUGUGUGCUGGACCUCAUGCUGACCCUGGUGUGAUGACCAGUGUGUGACUGUAGAGAGAAACGGGCUGCGGUCAUCAGCUGCAUUAUACCAUAGCACUGUGAACAUCACAUGAAGUACUGUGUCCAACAGAAAGCAACUUUAUACACAUCAUUUAUUCACGUAACUGUAUCAUAGUCUGUUUAAUGUUUCAGUGAUGCAAUGAAAAAUCCAGCCGCUAUUCUGCACUUAACCUUUGACCUGUUGGAGAUGAAGUGACAUCAUCCAUACUGACUGCUGUCUGCUGCAGCUACGAUUCAAACUAUUCAUCAUUCAAUUUCACACAACUUCUACUUAAGAUUAUCAACUUCAUUUAUAUUCUGAUCCUUAUUCUGUGGAAAAACUGUAAACAUGAGCCAGAAUUCUUCAAACGUCACGCAGACUUGUACAGAAGAAAUACUAAAUAUCUUUAAAGCUGCAAUAUGUAACUUUUAUUUUUAAAAAUAUGUUUUUUACAUAUUUGCUAAAAUUGUCUCGGCGUCGUCUCUCAGUAUGAUAUGAUACAGAUAAUCUUUGAAAAGAUGGAUGUCCUCCACCUCUUCUCUAAGCUUCUAUUGUAGUCUGUAGAAAUGCAACGCUCUGACCAAAAACAACCAAUCAGAGCCAGGAGGAGGGGCUUAGCGCUGUCAAUCAACCUUUUGUACUCUGCUUAGUGUACUAAUGACAGAGAAACAAGUUACCUUUACAGGGAAACUGUUUAGCGGCCAUGCUAGCAGCUUUAGCAUUGACAACAAGCUAUGCUAUCAGGAAGAAGCUGCAGCUUAGCGCCCUGUGUAUGAGCACCAAACAGAGGGUGAUUGACAGCGCUAAGGCCCGCCUCCUGGCUCUCAUUGGUUAUUUCUAGUUAUCACUGGGAGAAGAUGGAGAAGCUUGACCUUUUCAAAGAUUAUCUGUCUCAUUCCAUACUGUCAUGAGAUGGCGACAGUUUUGACAAAUAUGUAAAUAAAUAUUUUUUUAUAAAAGUUAUAAACUGCAGCUUUAAGUACAACACCUUGCCUCUUCUGUUUCCACAUUUUGUUUUGUUGAACAUGAAACUUAACAAUUUUCUGUCUGGACUUAAUGUAAUAGAGCAAUGCAAAAUGCAAAAAGUGAUUAAAACCUUUUAACUGUCAUCACCCGAACAAUUAGAUGUAGGUCAGUGGGUCCAUGAGGACACCACUGACCUCAUGACAGCUAAGGGUUUUAAACUGUGUUGUGGAAGUGAAGCAUCCUUUUGGUCUGUCUCCUAAAAGCCAAAGGAAACUAGUGGUUGUAACAUAGCAAAGUGGAGAUACUUUAUUGAAAACUGGAUAUUGUUUACAGUUUGAUUUACAUAGCCCCCCUUUAUUUAGACACCACUGGGAAUAGCUGGGUGUCACGGCAACAGAUCGCUUCUCGCAAAGUUACUCUUGUGACGUAUGAACUUUAUUUUGUCAACAGUUUGAGGAGCUUCCUCCUUUUUCAGGUUGGGGAACUUGUCAAAAGCUUUUUCAUAUUUACUAAAAUCAGCCCCUCUAAAGGUUGUGUAGAAUCUCAACUUUGUCACUGAUGAGCUGUUGUAUCAAAAGCAGACAUGUGACCUGUGCUCUGAUUGGUUUGGCUGCAUUCAGCUCAUUUACCCUAAAUGAAUUCAGCAGCAUUGGCAGCUUAACCUCUGCAGCCUUAACGUAUCCUGGAUUUCUUUAUGUCAGUAGUGUUGUAUCAAAGUUGCGUUGCAGAUUAUGAAGUAGACAGAACGUUUUGUAUUUUAGUUUGUGCUGCAGCUCUGCUCACAUAGUGUUACUGUAACACGCUGCCAGAUUGUCGUGACAGUGUGAGUCUUAGUUGGGCUUCGUUUUCCUGUCAAACACAGCAGCUCUAUAAGGCAGCCAUUUUGUUUUCUGCUGACUGGGGUUUGACCCAGAGCCACGCGUUACGACUGGAAAACAAAACUAAAUGUUGGAGCUCGGAAAAUACCCGAUGCCACUGUUACCUGUUCUGUGUUUGAUGUUAUAAAAUGUUAACUUUAACCCUUGUAAAAACUCAACUUAUAUCUGUUGUGAUUCAUUUUUAAGUGACCUCCUAACAUAUGAUGAUGUAGGCGGACAAACAGUGUUUUGUGACACGUAUUAUGACAACUGAAAUGAAACUGUUGCCUUGUGUAAAAUUAAAACCUGAUAGCUGUAAGGAA